AUGUCAUUUGGCGGAUUUCUUGCGGUUACUAUAUCACUAUUAGCGCUCGCUGUAUUAGUAGUCACCUUUCCAAAACCUGGAAAACUUCCCACUCAAGUACCAUCAGAUAGUACUGGAUUACCAACGUGGCAUGGACCAACAGACUACGAUCAAAAUAGACGAUACUCGAUAUUCACGUUCUCUUUUGUCCUACAAACUUUUGCAGCAGUAUACGCAUUCAAAUGGGCAAACAACACUGCAAAUAUUCCAAAAAAAGUUGUAUCGUAUUUUAGUGACGGCAUUAGUAAGACACGAACCACCACUUUUAAUCGAUUACUCGCAUUCUAUGCGUUGUUCACAGCCCUUGCCGCGUUGGCUCUUAUAGCAUUUGAUAUUGGGAAAUUGUGGGAAGCAUUCGGUCUCUGGCAUAACUUGUGGGAAGUAGCAAUUUUGACGUUGUUGAAUCAAAGCGGAGAGAUCAAAAGUGUGACCCGUUAUGUACUUGGACUUGGAACAUAUUUUCUUGGUGUUAAUUCCAUUGUUUUGUUCUUGAAUUGGCCUUUUGACGCAGUAUUUUUUAAAUUUCAAGGUCUUAUUGCCGACUUUGCACUAGUCAUUUUCUAUACGCGCAUCUAUUUGAACACGCGUAAACAUAUUGGAGAAGAAGUUGGGGAACAACUCCCAUUAAACAUUGAAGAAUACGAAAACGUCGGUGGAAGCAAUGAAGAAGCAUCGAAACCCGUAUUAAUAGAACACCCUAAACAAUUGUUACUUUUGGUUGCCGCUUCUUUGGUACAUGUAUUAGGCAACUUGUCGAACACAAUUCUACCUGAAAGUGCUACCGCUGACUUGUUAUUCAACAUCUCAUACACGAUAACAUUCCCACUUUAUGUAUUAUACGUCUACUUGGAUACACACUGUGCUAGCGUAUUACCCCAGAAACGAAUCUACUUACCGCAACCUGCCGCAUGGAAAACUGCCGUCAUUUUUAUUUGGUCAUCUUUCUUUGCGUUGUUGUCGAUUAGAAGUUUGUUGUCUGCUGUUGGAGGGGAUGAUAAACAGAAUUAA